AUGGAAAAAUACGUUGUUAUUAGACCUUUUUCUACUGCUUUAUAUAUAGUCAAGAGAGAAUUAUCUCCACAAUUGCAUCGUUCUUCAAAAUCAAAUACUUUAUCACGAUGGUUACCACUAGCUGGUUUACGUCGUCGAGCUAUUGCCUUUAUUUUACUUUGGCCAUUUUUUGUCUUUGCAUUAAUUCGACUUUUUCUUCGUGCACGAAUUAUUAUACGUUUCCGGCAACCACAUCUUUGA